CUUUGGAUUGUAAUCCGACAGCUGUGAGAUCGUGCGAAAUCAAACUUGAACUUGUUAAAUAACUAUGGCUUAUAGUCAGAUACAGCCUUACAUUUAUGAUCCAGAAUCGGAUGCAGAGACAGUAAAUGACCAACAGGAACAACAGCAGCAACGAUUACAACAGGACGUUUCUAUCUGGUGUAAAUGUCAUAGGUGCAGUACAAUGCCAACUGAGGCAGAAAAUGUUUGCUGCCAAGAAAUACAACAGGUAAGGAGACGACUAAUUCAAGCACCAACCUCUUUACAGUGUAUGACAGAACAUCCAGGACUGGAGGCCAACUGCCUGAAUGUUUAUACACUUCAAAACAUAAACAACAUUUACAGAGCAGACUAUGGACCACUUAGGAGGAGAACAGAGGAGGAGCGUUUUAGGUAUCUUGCCUAUCGCAGUUUUGUUAGCUGGUGCUGGGGAUAUCUUGGCAGACAUGUGCGCGUGGUCAUUCCUGCAUGUGUUGUCCUGCGGAUUCGUCAGGAGUUUCCUGAUGCUGGAGGGAACUACACUGGCUUCCGGCCACCGCUGGAUUGAACCUGGAGACAUGUCGGGCAAUAAGAUCCUCCUUUGCUGGCCUCUCAAACUGUGCUGAUAGGUCCUCUGGAACAGGAACUUUCCGCAGAUCCUCAACAUAGGUGUCAGGGUUGUCAAAUACCUCCGUGAACAGCAAUCUCAUCAGGUCACUGACGUAUCCUGGCACAAAAAAUAAAAAACUUCAUAGCAAAAUUUUUGAAGAAGCUUGAUGCUUUUACAAUUGUGCAACAACUUUUAUAUUUCAAUUUGUUGACUGUUUAUAAUAUUUAUCUAUGUAACUUCAGCCAGAAAAAAACAUUUAUA